AGCCUCCCCACCAGGAAGUGCUAUGCCGGAGAGCUCGUCUCGAGCUUUGUUAUGACAAUGAUGGAGGAGGAAGAAUUUGAAUUCGCUGAGGAUUUGGAGGCUAUUUUGCAUCUAACCCCGGAGGUGCAACUGGCCAUCGAGCAGGUUUUCCCGAGCCAAGACCCACUGGACAGAGCAGACUUCAACGCCGUGGAGUACAUCAACACACUGUUCCCCACCGAGCAGUCUCUGGCUAAUAUUGAUGAUGUGGUAAACAAGAUUCGUCUGAAGAUUCGGCGUCUGGAUGAUAAUAUCAGGACGGUGGUGAGGGGCCAGACCAAUGUGGGCCAGGAUGGUAGACAGGCAUUGGAGGAGGCCCAGAAAGCCAUCCAACAACUCUUUGGCAAAAUCAAAGACAUCAAGGACAAGGCAGAAAAGUCUGAACAAAUGGUUAAGGAGAUUACGAGGGACAUAAAGCAGUUGGACCAUGCCAAGCGCCACCUAACUACAUCCAUCACCACCCUCAACCACCUGCAUAUGCUGGCGGGGGGUGUGGACUCUUUAGAAGCCAUGACCAGGAAAAGGCAGUAUGGUGAGGUGGCCAACUUGCUACAGGGAGUGGUCAAUGUGCUGGAACAUUUCCACAAGUACAUGGGCAUUCCACAGAUCAGACAACUUUCUGAGAGAGUGAAAGCAGCACAGAGUGAGUUGGGGACGCAGAUCCUGGCAGAUUUUGAAGAGGCCUUCCCCUCUCAGGGCUCCAAGAGAACAGGUGGGCCCAGUAAUGUGCUGAGAGACGCCUGUCUGGUGGCCAAUGUGCUGGACCCACGCAUCAAACAGGAGAUCAUCAAAAAGUUCAUCCGGCAGCACCUCUCAGAGUACCUGGUGCUCUUCCAGGAAAACCAAGAUGUUGCUUGGCUGGACAAGAUCGACCGCCGCUAUGCCUGGAUCAAACGGCAGCUGGUGGACUAUGAGGAGAAAUAUGGACGCAUGUUUCCUGAGGAAUGGUGCAUGACGGAGCGUAUUGCCGUGGAGUUCUGCCACAUCACAAAGGUGGAGCUAGCCAAAGUGAUGCGAACACGGGCUAAGGAGAUUGAGGUGAAGCUGCUUCUGUUUGCCAUUCAGAGGACGACAAACUUUGAGGGUUUACUGGCCAAACGCUUCACAGGAUGCACCUUGACUGACGCACCUGGACAAAAGAGGAAAGAAAGCCCUCUACACUCAACUAACCCUUUCCUGGAGGACGAACCGGGUGAGGAUGUGGGCACGGAGAAGGAUGAGAAUCUGGCAAAGCCCAGGAAGCCCAAAGCUCCGGACAACCCUUUCCAUGGCAUCGUCUCCAAGUGUUUUGAACCUCAUCUAUACGUCUACAUAGAAUCCCAGGACAAGAACCUUGGUGAACUGAUUGACCGAUUUGUGGCCGACUUCCGAGCACAAGGCCCACCAAAGGCGGGCACGGAGGAGGGCGGAGCAGUCCUGCCCAGCUGCGCUGACCUCUUUGUCUAUUACAAGAAGUGUAUGGUGCAGUGCUCACAGCUGAGCACUGGAGAACCAAUGAUCGCGCUCACGACUAUCUUCCAGAAAUUCCUGAGGGAGUACGCUUGGAAGAUCCUCUCUGGAAACCUGCCCAAGUCGAGCAGUAACAGCGGGGGUCUGACCAUCAGCAGUCUGCUGAAGGAGAAAGAGGGCUCAGAUGCUGCAAAGUUCACCGUGGAUGAGCUCUGUCUGAUCUGUAGCAUCCUCAGCACUGCGGAGUACUGUUUGGCUACCACACAACAGUUGGAAGAGAAGCUAAAGGAGAAAGUAGAUAAAGUUUUGAUGGAGAGAAUUAAUUUGACCGGAGAGAUGGAUACAUUCAGCACUGUGAUCUCAAACAGUAUUCAGCUACUCGUUCAAGAUCUAGAUGCUGCCUGUGACCCCGCUCUCUCUGCUAUGAGCAAGAUGCCGUGGCAGAGCGUCGAGCACGUGGGUGACCAGAGUCCGUAUGUGACGUCAAUCAUCAUGCACAUUAAACAGAAUGUGCCAAUCAUCCGAGACAAUCUGGCCUCCACCCGCAAAUACUUCACACAGUUCUGCAUCAAGUUCACAAAUUCAUUCAUCCCCAAAUUUAUCAACCACCUGUUCAGAUGUAAACCUAUCAGCAUGGUGGGAGCUGAACAACUCCUCCUUGACACCCACUCCCUGAAGACAGUCUUGCUGGAUCUGCCCUCCAUAGGCUCCCAGGUGCUUCGCAAGGCACCUGCCAGUUACACCAAGAUAGUUGUGAAAGGCAUGACCCGUGCAGAGAUGAUACUUAAGGUGGUGAUGGCCCCACAUGAACCACCGGUGGUGUUUGUUGACAACUACAUCAAGCUCCUGGCUGAUGGUAACCCUGAGACCUUCCAGAAGAUUCUGGACAUGAAGGGUCUGAAGCGCAGUGAGCAGAGCAGCAUGCUGGAGCUCUUCAGGCAGAGGCUUCCCACUCCGCCCUCCGGGGCUGACGGAGGCCCCUCUCUGUCCUUCAGCGCCCCCACCCCUGAGCAGGAGUCCUCCCGCAUCCGUAAACUAGAGAAACUCAUCAAGAAGAGACUGUGAGCAGAUGCGCGCUGAAUAUGCGUCUUGAGAAUUAAAAAGGCUGCAGGGUGAGGGUGAAAUCUCUCACAGUCACUCCUCUCCAAAAAAACUGUCAUGCUCCUUUCAUUCCUCACGGAGAAUUACAGAAAGAGCAGGAAAUAUGAAUUUUCUGACUGUCGUUGAUGUGAAACCGAGCCGACGCUGGAUUAUGAAGAAACUACUUUGCUGUUUGCUACAUAUGUCAAUUACUUCCGUAAUUUCCUCUUUCUUGUCAUGACACUAAUGCCUGAGCUUUGUAACAUUAGUAUAUUGUUGCACAGUGCGUUUGCACUCUCAAGACCGAAAGCAGUGCUGUUAACUUAAAGUUCUUCUCGGAGAGCCGCUGGCUGCCUCUCUGGGAUGCGUCUAAUCCAGGAUGAUCACCAGCAGCCUGAUCUUAAUUAAAGUUGAUGUUUUCUGAAUAUAAUGUACUUCAAGGAUAACCACGGCUUUCCUCAAUUAUUUUAAUUUAAAGUCAGGGAUACUGUGUUGAAAUAUUGUCUGCAUCUCUGCCUUCCAUUAAAGUGGACAUGCGUCA